UAUUAUCCCAAACCCAAAUUAUCGUUCCACUUGUGGUGAAAUAAAUCCCCAAAUCGUGAAAACCCUAGCAACUGAUAUCAUGUGUUCGAAAUCAAAAUCAAGAUGUGAAACAACGUGCCUUUCGAGAUCCAAGAGGAAAUCAUCAAACAUCUCCCUGUAAAAUCACUCAUUCGUUGCCGAUCAGUCUCCAAAUCAUGAAAAUCUCUCAUCGGUAGCUCAAAUUUAUCACUCUUUACUACAGUCGGUGCACGUGCCAUUUGCCCCACCUCCCCUCCCCUGUUUUUCUUGUUUCUUUCUCAAUUCAUUAACUCGGAUUUUGUGAAUUUCUUUGAAAGGAGAUCUGGGUUUGGGAGAAACCUGAAGAUCCGACCAAACCCUAAUCUGGUUAAGUGUAUGAUGGGUAGCAAUAGUUUGGUUUGGCCAAUACUUGGAUUUGCAUCCAUCCUUGUGUUUGUUUACUUGUCUUUUGGGGGUUUGUUGAGUGUAAAUUACAAAAAUGACCCCAGGUUGAGUUUUGUGGAGAGGAAUGGGACUAAUUUUGUUGUGGAUGGGAAAGUGUUGUAUGUGAAUGGAUGGAAUUCAUAUUGGUUUAUGGAGCAUGCUGUUGUUGAUCAUAGCCGGCCAAGGAUCAGGGAGAUGCUUCAGGCUGCAGCCAAAAUGGGCCUCACUGUCUGCAGAACUUGGGCUUUUAAUGAUGGUGACUAUAAUGCCCUUCAGGUUGCUCCUGGACAGUUUGAUGAGAGAGUUUUCAAGGCCUUGGAUUAUGUGAUUGCUGAAGCAAGACAAGUUGGAAUCAGGCUUUUGUUUAGUUUGGUUAAUAAUCUCCAAGCGUAUGGCGGCAAGACUAAGUAUGUGAAAUGGGCAUGGGAUGAAGGUGUCGGCUUGAGUGCCUCGAAUGACUCGUUCUUCUUUGAUCCAUCAAUUCGCCUUUAUUUUAAGAAUUAUGUCAAGACCAUCUUGACUAGAAAGAACACCAUCACUGGAGUCGUAUACCGCGAUGAUCCCACCAUUUUUGGGUGGGAGUUGAUCAACGAGCCCCGUUGCAUUACUGAUGCAUCCGGUGAUACUUUACAAGAUUGGAUAGAAGAGAUGUCUUCUUUUGUUAAGUCAAUUGAUAGGAAACACUUGUUGACCAUUGGUCUCGAAGGGUUUUACGGUCCUAAUAGUCCUAAGAAAGAUACCGUCAAUCCUGAAUUUUGGGCUGCUGAUCUUGGAGCUGAUUUUAUACGUAACUCUGCACCCUCAACCGUCGACUUUGCAUCUGUUCAUAUUUAUCCUGACCAUUGGUUUAAAAAGAAGACUCUUGAAGGAAAACUAAUGUUUGUGGCCAAAUGGAUGCGCUCUCACAUCGAAGACGGUGAUCAAGUGCUGAAGAAACCUGUGAUGUUUACAGAAUUUGGUUUAUCAGAUCUAAACAAAGGUUUCGACCCUCUGCAACGAGACCGAUUCUACAAAACUGUUUUUGAUGUAAUCUAUGAAUCUGCAAAGAAAAAGGGGGCCGGGGGAGGAUCGUUUGCGUGGCAGUUCUUCGUUGAGGGAAUGGAAGAUUAUAAUGAUGAUUUCGGGAUAGUGCCAUGGAAGAGAGCUUCGACUUACGAGAUUAUAAUCCAGCAUACGUGCAGGUUAGCUAAAGCUCAUGGGACGAUUGCAUCGCAAAAAGAAAAGUUGAAGCGCCUUUGUAAUCAGCGAUGAAUGAAGAAUGUUACUAGAUAAAGUAAUUGUUUUAUAUAGAUGAUGUUUACUUUUAUGUAAACCAUACAAUUCAUUCUUUCUCUUUUAAUUAUAUAAGGUUAUGUGAGUAAAAUGUGUGAUUCUUCACUCAAAGAUGACUAUUUCUUUGUUAAUAAUUAAAA